GAAAUUCGUGUCUUCUCGCAUACGCUUCCCACUUUCUCCAAUCUCUCUCAUAGCGAACGCAAACACACACCAGUCGCAGUUACCGAGUUUCCCAUGACAAAAAAAUAAAUAAGAAAAGAAAAUUAAAAAAAGGAAAAGCUAAAGAGGAGAAAGAAGCUUUCAAUGCUUUUAUUGACUCAAAGCAUUCAAAGGUUCUCUUCCAUCGUAGAAAACACUCUGCAAUGGCGGUUACUGUUCCUGUCCCCAGCCAUUCCUCAACUCUCUGCUUUUUCUCUUUCUCUAUAAUCAUAAGUGUUGUUGCGGAGGCGGCAUCAUGGGGAGUAGGGCUAAGCAGGGGAGGAGAUUGCAGAAGAUGAUGAAGUGCAUGUGCCUGAGGGAGCCGUUGAAGAAAGGAGGAGAAGAUGAAACGGUUCCUUCCUCGGAUUCUCUUGCAAUCACGGAGUUUUAUUCUUCAACGGCGAGUGGGCGUUCUGGCCUCGACGGAGAAAUUGAGAAGAUGGGGUCGGGUUCUGGGAACAUGGAUGAAGCUGAAUUGUCCUUGCGUGAGAGUGGCAUCAUGGAUAUCAUGGACAAUGAGGAAGCUAGAGCUUUGUUAGGAAAAGAUGAAUAUCAGGAAGGGAAUAUAGAAGCAGCUUUACGUAUUUAUGAGAGGAUAAAUAUAAGCGCUGUGACUUCCAAGAUGAAAAUUUCCCUUGCCAAAAGCAGAGAACAUCAUAAGAAACAUUCCCAUUAUUAUGCUAUGCCUCCGAUGUCCAUAUACACGGUUGGAUUACUGUUGGAAGCAAUUUUCCUAAAAGCAAAAUGUUUGCAGGUUCUGGGGAGGUUUAAAGAAUCUGCCCAAACUUGUAAAGUUAUUCUGGACAUAGUUGAGUCUUCUUUACCUGAAGGCUUGCCUCAAAACUUUGGUCACGAGGGUAAAUUGCAGGAGACUUUGGGUAAUGUAGUUGAGCUACUUCCAGAAUUGUGGAAACUUGCUGAUUCUCCCCGUGAUGUUAUUUUGUCUUACCGUCGUGCACUCCUUCACCAAUGGAAUCUUGAUGCAAAAACCAUAGCAAAGAUUCAGAAAGAAUUUGUUGUUUUUCUUCUAUAUAGUGGAGGGGAAGCAAUCCCUUCAAAUCUUCGUUCCCAUAUGGACAGCUCGUUUGUACCCAGAAACAACUUAGAAGAGGCUAUACUUCUUUUAAUGAUUUUGCUGAGAAAAAUAUCUCUAAAUAAAAUUGAAUGGGAUCCGUCAAUUUUGGAUCACCUUUCGUUUGCUCUAUCUGUUUCAGGGGAUUUGACAACUUUAGCCCAUCAAUGGGAAGAAUUACUCCCUGGGACUAUCAAUCGAAGAGAAAGAUACCAUGCCUUAUCUCUUUGUUAUUAUGGCGCAGGUAAUGACUUGGUAGCACUGAAUCUUCUUAGGAAAUUGUUGAGUAGUAGAGAGGGCCCAAAACAUGUUCCUUCUUUGUUAAUGGCUUCUAAGAUUUGUAGUGAGAACCCUGAUCUUGCAAAAGAUGGGGCAAGCUUAGCUCGCAAAGUGCUUGAGAACUUGGAUGGAAGAUGUGAUCGGUUGGAAAGUCUUUCCAGUUGCUUACUUGGUGUUUCACUUUCAGCACACUCAAAAAUUGAUAUUUCUAAUUCUGAGAGGGUUGAGAAACAAUCUGAGGCACUUCAUUCUCUGGAAACUGCAAGCAAAGUGACCAAAAUGAGUAACCCCCUUGUAAUAUACUACUUGAGCUUAGAAUGUGCAGAGCAAAGGAAGUUGGAUGCUGCACUUCAUUAUGCAAAAUGCUUUCUAAACUUAGAAGUUGGGUCUAACAUUAAAGGAUGGUUAUUGUUAGCCCGGAUAUUAUCAGCUCAAAAACAGUUUUUGGACGCUGAAUCUAUUGUCAAUGAAGCUUUGAAUCAGACUGGAAUAUGGGAUCAAGGAGAGUUACUGCGAACAAAAGCUAAACUACAAAUAGCACAGGGCCAGUUGAAGAGUGCCAUUGAAACAUAUACUCAGCUUCUUGCUAUUCUCCUAGUUCAGAGAAAAACUUUUGGUUCAAAGAAGAAGCUGUAUAAGGACUACAUAGAUCAUGCUAGGAGCAUGGAAGUUGAAAUAUGGCAUGAUCUUGCUUUUGUGUACAUAAGUCUGUCACGGUGGCAUGAUGCAGAGGUGUGUCUUUCGAAAUCUAAGGCCAUCAAACUAUACUCUGCUUCUAGAUGUCAUGCAAUAGGUACAAUGCACGAAGCAAAGGGCCUUUACAAAGAGGCUUUAAAAGCUUUUCGUGAUGCUUUGAACAUUGAUCCUGGACAUGUCCCUAGCUUGAUCUCUGCUGCGGUUGUUCUUAGAUGGUGCAGUAAUCGAUCAAAUCCUGCUAUCAGAAGCUUUCUGAUGGAUGCACUACGGCAUGACAGAUUUAAUGCUUCUGCUUGGUAUAAUCUUGGUAUUUUUCACAAGGAUGAGGGUACAAUUCUAGAAGCUGCAGAAUGUUUUGAGACAGCAAACUCUCUUGAAGAAUCCGCUCCGGUUGAACCCUUCAGAUGACUGACUCUGCAAGCAUUUUGGUUAUUCAAUCUGACGCUUUUGAUGAUGAUGAUGAUAUAUAUAUAUAUAUAUAUAUAUAUAUAUAUAUAUAUAUAUAUAUAUAUAUAUAUCAUGUAUCAACAACACUUUCCCUAACACUCUUUGUGACAUACAUCUCCUGUUAGUUAAAAGUCCGGUGAGUUUCAUUUUCUAUUUGGUGGGUCUUGUUCACAAAUUAGUAGGAUCCACCUAAAUUUUAAGCAAUAGAAGAAUGUGUUAAAAAAGAGUGUUAGUGAAUGUGUUACUGACACUCAUUGUUCAUGUAUAAUUUCCAUGUGUACCUGACGACGGUAUAAGGUCAAUAAGAAAAGCAUGCUUCAUGAUUUGGUUUUUCUUGUUUGUAA